AUGUAAAUGCUUUUAACUACUUGCCAACCGCAGAUAGCCGAAUGAUGGCUACACUGCGGCCGGUCAGUUCUGGGAGGGCGUCAUAUGACGUCAUAUGACAUAUCAGCCGUGUCCAGUGACAUGCUGAUCACCGGGAAAUGCAAUUGCCGGGCACUGAUGAUCAGUGCCCUGAUGAUCGGUGCCCAGCAGUGCCAUCCACCAGUUUCACACACCUGUGCCCAGCUGUGCGCCCACCUCUGCCCAGCAGUGCCACCCUCCUGUGCCCACCAGUGCCACCCACCUGUGCCCAUCAGUGCAGCCCAGCAGUGC